CAUUAUUGUAGGAGUUAUGAGAUUCCUUUGUAAACCUUACUAUGACAGAAUGAAGGAGGCUAUGCAGUGUUGUGGACAUUUUAAUCGACUGCUUUUAGAUAUUUCUUCUGCAAUCAGUGAGAAAGAUGAAAAGUAUGUAGACAUGUUGAAGGUUCUGUACCGAGAUCUUGUAAAUUGUAGAUCAGAUUUGGAGAAAGCUAAAUCUGCAUUUGAUUUAUUCAAGGUGCUAAAAGCACGAGGCAUUUUAGAGCCAGAAGACAUUUCAGUUUUGUUUGAAACAAUUGAAAUAACUGAAUGGAGAUAUUUGAAGGAGAUAAUUGAGAAGUAUGAGACAUAUCCAGAUAAAGUAGAGAUUGCUCGAUUUUCAGCACAUCGUCAACAGAUUGUUGCUCUAGGAAAAACAUUUUUAUUGGAAGAUCUUCAGAAGGCUUGUCACCUAUACAAGGACGAAUUUGAUUCUAAUAUAUGGAAAUUAAUUCAACAUCUUGAAUAUACAUCUUCAGUUUUAACAGAAGAUAACAUACCAUCAUUUAUGCAACGUUUGAGAAAGAAAGUAUUAAAUGAAGAUUUUAAUCAACUGCUUGGGGAAAUGUCUAAUGCAAUCAGCAAGGAAGAUAAAAAGUAUGUAGACAUGUUACGGGUUCUGUACAGUGAUACAGCAGAAUUCAAAGAAGAAUUGGUGAGAGCUAAAUCUGCUUUUGAUUUAUUCCAAAUACUAAUAGUAGCAGACAUUUUGAAACCAACAGACAUUUCAGUUUUGUUUGAAACCAUUGAACUAACUGGAUUGAGAUUUUUAAAGAAGAUUAUUGAGAAGUAUCGGGAGUAUCCAGAUAAAGUUGAGAUCACACUGUUUUCAGCAUAUCGUCAGCGUGUUGUUGCUUGGGGAAAAAAUGUUUUAUGUGAAGUUCUCCAGAAUGUUCGACAGAGGUACGAAAUUCCAGUCAACAUCUCUACAAAUCCAUGGAAAGUAAUUACAUAUCUUGAAAAUAAGGAUAUUAUUUCAGAAGACAAAUGGUCAUCAUUUCUAAUGAAUGUGAAAAGUUCUGAUAAUGAAGAAGCAUCAACAUCAAAAAAACAAAAGUUAAAUGAAGGUAAUGGAGAAGCAUCAACAUCAAAAAAAUUAAAGUUAGGCGAAGACUCAGUCAUCAGAGAAUAUUUUUUAGAAGAGCAGAAACAGUCUCUCAAAGAAAAAAAUUACUACUGUCCUCCAACGUACAUUGACGAUACAAUAGAUAUUGAUGAUUUGUUUACUGACCUGGAACUGGUUAAGAGAGAGGGUAGAGGUAAAAGAGUGGAUGCAGUGUCAGCAUCAUUGGAAGAAAUCCUGAAUCUUAUCAGUUCCAAAGAUUCAUGUAAAGUAUUGAUUGAAGGAGAGGGAGGGAUGGGGAAAACCACCCUUCUUAGAUAUAUAUCCUACCGAUGGGCAAAUAAGAAAGACAAUACUUUUUUGAGGGAAAUUGUGUUUCUUAUUAAUAUUAGGGAUAUAAAACCAAAUGAAGAUGUUAUAAAUGUUAUUAGCAGGAUUCAUGUGGAAAACUUCAAUCGCAGAAAAAAAAUGGAAAUAACAAGUGCUGAGUUGGGUAGUUUUAUAACAAACCAUGAUAAUGAGAUUGUUCUGUUGUUAGAUGGAUUGGAUGAAUUGAAUUCUGAAGCUACACGGCCAAUUAAUUUAUUCGAAAAUAAGAACUUCAGCAAAGUGCUUCUAACAUCUCGCCCUGGAAAUAUUUCUGACUUCGCUAACAAGUGUAAUGUUUAUGUGAAGGUUUUAGGAUUUAACUCAAACAGCAUAAAACAAUUCAUUGACAAUUUCUUUAUUCGUGACCCUGAUUCUGGCAAAUCACUGAGAAAAUAUUUGUAUAAAUAUGAAAAAGAUGAUGAUGAUGAUAACUAUAGUCAAUUAUAUGACUUGUGUCGUUCACCAAUGCUACUGCUCUCAAUAUGUACAAUAUGGAAGGAAAAGAAAUGCCUUCCACAAAAUCUUGCCAGCCUAUUUGAGGAAUUGUUUUGUUGCAUUUUAAAUCAAUACAACAAAAAAAACCAUGUAAAAAAGCUUUCUAAUUUUGCCAAAAUUCGACAGUAUAAAAAGUAUGAAAAGUAUGAAAAGUGUUUUUCAAUUCUUGGAAAAUGUAUGUAUGAAAGCUUAAAAGAAAACAAGUUUUCAAUAGAGUUUGAUGACUUAAGUAAAUACAAUUCAAAUGAAGACGAAAACUGCUUUGCCCUAGCAAUUGGAAUACUUUAUAAAGAGCUACCAAAAAGUGCGCAAGACUUUUCAAAUGUUUAUACAGCUCCUUGA